CGAAUAUCUGCGAAUGUGAUUAUUAGUCACUCUCACAAUUUUCAUUCCUUACGUACAUUUUACUUGUAAGAAGGAAGUUGGUAUGACGUCGCUGAGAGAAGGGGGGGUGUGCUAGGCAAAGACUCUGAGAUAUUUUGAAUCGAAUCAACGAUAUGACAGUUUGAAAUUGUAAUAUUGUUUUUGACAGUGUAGUUUGUGUUGACAGGAGUGCUAGUCACUUUUACUAAACGAAGUAGUUUGUUGUCAUAUUCCGUAAGUGCUGUUUUGUGUAAUUAUCAUGUUCGGAAGAAAAAAGGAGGCUAGAACUAAGCCCAGGACUGCUGGAGGAUUGUCUCAAUUUGGCUUGUUGGACCUCCCUGAUAUUAAUGCAGUUGAUUCCAACGAAAUGGGCACUGAUGAUGAUGAAGACGAUGAUUCAGCCUUGGAGGCGGAAUUGUUAGCUAUAACUUCCGGAAAUCUACCCGCACGACCAAAGAAAGCUCGUCCAGCACCAGCAGUACCUCAGGUAAAUCUGGAUGCAAUGGUUGCUGAAAGUCUAAAGGAUAUACCAUCUGAUGAAGAUGUAUCUGGGGAUGAUGAUGACCCUGAACUUUUACAUGAACUUGGCACAUUGGCUGAGGAGGAUACUGUGAUGGAAGCUGAGAAGCCGCCGAGUACACCAGUAGCGCCACCUAAAAGAAAUGAAGGAAAUCCAUUGGUUACAACUCUGGAAGAAAGACUCAAAAUGUAUCAGGAGGCUGAAAAGAAUGCAAAGUCAGCAGGAGAAUCUUCAAGAGCUAGAAGGUUUGGCAGGGGAAUAAAAACACUUAACGAUAUGCUGAAGCAGGCAAAAGCUGGUCGUGUUGUUAAUGAGGAAGACAUUCCACCUCCAGUAGCAGUAACACUGACAAAGAAACCAGAUGUACCGUCUGUUGCGGACACACCUACCCCUGAGAUGGUUCCAACGCGACCUGCCCCUCAACCUCCUGUACCAGAGAGGCCACCACAGUUUGGAGUGCCACUGCCUGGCAUGGCUUCUCCAGUGCAAGAUCAGUCACCAGGAAAGGAAGUCCCAUCACCCAUGCCAUCAAGUCCUACUACAUCCACCGCUGAUCAAAAUAAUACAAUUGCUGCUCUUGCUGCACGCAGGGAUGAGUACAAAAUGGCAGCACUGCUAGCUAAGAAGGCUGGUGAUCGGGAAACAGCUAUAAACUAUGUACGAAUUGUCAAGAAAUUUGAGAUUGUCAUCUCGGCAGUGGAGGGUGGACAGGCUGUAGAUCUAAGUGAAAUGCCACCACCUCCACCACCCAUUGGCUCAGUGAAAACAACUCCUGGUGUGACUGAAACUGCUGUUGAGGAGAGUGAGAAGCAGAGAGAUGCUGACAAUUCACAAUCCACUACAGGGGGAGCAGCUGAAGGUGAAGAGCAACCUGAGACUGAUUUAUAUAAUGCUCCACCUACACCAACUACUGUCAUGGAAGCUCUUAUACAGAGACUGGACAAAUAUAAGUCUGUAGAGAAGGCAGCCAAAGAAGAAGGAAAUGCGAGCAAGGCUAGGAGGAUUGGACGCAUAGUAAAACAGUAUGAAAAUGCAAUAAAGUUGCAUAAAGCUGGCAAACCCAUACCAAUUGAUGAAUUGCCAACGCCACCAGGUUUUGCUCCAAUUCCGCAGGAGGGUGGAUCAUCAGGUUCUGCAGCAGGUCCUUCAAGUCCACCAUCACAACCUCCAGUAGAUGAGGAGACACCAAAACCAGCACCUCGUCCCCAGCCAUCCCCUGCACCUACACCAAGAGCUCAGCCAUCCACUCCACACGAUGUUCAGCCAGAGUCUGAAAAAGCAAAUGUGCGCAAAUCACCACAGUCCCGGCAGGAGAAGCAAUUAGCUCUGUUGUUGGCAAGACAGAAGGAAUUUAAAGAGGCUGCUUUGCAGGCAAAACGGAAGGGGGAAAUUAAUCAGGCAAAGGAGUAUCUACGAUUGGCUAAAGGCUUUGAUCCACUUAUUGAAGCCACAAAUUGCGGAUUGCCUGUGGAUAUGGACUCUGUCCCAGUGCCACCAGCUACUAAAAUUGUAUUGGAAUCUGAUUUUGAUAUUGUCAAUGCUGAUGACUGCAUACCUGGAAGUGAUUUAGAUAUAUUUGAUAAACUGGAAGAAGACUUAUUGAAACAAGCAAAGAUGUGUCUGACUACCAGAGACCAUUUCAAAGCUAUAGGUGACAUAGCAAGUGCUAAUAGAUUUGAGCAGUUGGCAGUUCACUCCAAAAAGGAUCUAGAUGCUGUGCGUUAUGCACAUAAACGGAAUGAGUCGAUUCCCAAAUUUCAUUAUGAAAAUAAAACCUUUUCCAUUGUGCAAUGCUGUACAGAUCUUGGAGACAAUGACUUGGAGUUAACAAUUGUCCAAGGUAUCAACUACAAUGUUACAAAUCCAAAAGAUGUUGAUACAUAUGUCAGAUUUGAAUUUCCUUAUCCAAAUGAAUAUCCACAAAAGGAUAAAACUGCAGUAGUAAAAGACACAAACAAUCCUCAGUACAACCAAACAUUUCCACUGACAAUACAACGGAAUGUUCGUGCGUGUCAGAGGAUAUUUAAACGUCAAAGCUUGAAAUGUGAAGUGUGGUCUCGAGGGUCAGUGAUACGAAAUUUAUGUUGCUUCUGUUGUCCAGAGACCUGUGGCAAGACAAUAAGUUGCAGUGGAUUUUUUAGAGGCGAUUCGCUAAUUGGUACAGCAAACAUCAAACUGCAACCAUUGGAAACUAAGUGCAUUCUUCAUGAUGCUUAUGAUUUGCUUGAAGGCCGUAAAACUGUUGGUGGGAAGCUAGAAGUGAAAAUCAGAAUACGAAAUCCAAUUGUUACAAAGCAAGUUGAACAAGUGCAAGAAAAGUGGCUUGUUAUUGAUUCUAUGUGAAAAUGUUCUGACACUUCAUUGUUCCUCAUUUGGCUGGCUGUGUUCAUGUUGUGACAUUUUUAUUUCUUUCCUUUGUGCUGUUACUAGUAGAAAACUGGAAAGACAAAAAAUGCUCUGUAAAUGAUAAUCACUGUAUUGGACAAUAAUAUUUUCAGAGCACAUGUAUUAUUGUAUGUAUUAAGUUCCAGAAUCAUGUUUUGCACUGUAGGAAUUACAUGUGUGUUUAUUUCAUCAAUAUUGUUUUUAUAAAUAGAUAUGUAUAUUUGUAUAUGGAAUGUUAUAUAAAAAAGCUGUAAUAUUGUUUUUAAUUAUGAAAUAAUUAUUUUUUAAAAAUAAA